UGUGUUUGUGUUGGGGGUGGUGAUGUUCUGGGGCGCCGCGGCCAGAGCAAGCUGACCCCUCAGUGAGAUCUGGGGCAGCUCCCAGCAGGCUCCUUCCCGCACUGAGCAUGGAGGCCGGUGAUGGGGAGGACACGGAGAAGCCGGGGACAGCCUCUGCGGCAGCGGCUAGGCCCCAGCUCUGCGGUGCAGGCACGCAGGGAGCUGCACGGGGUCCCAGGCCCGGCCGUGGGGCUGGCAGGGCUGGGCACGGGCCGGAGCGCCCAUCGGAGCCUGCAGAGAACCCCGGCGCGGCCUGGCAAGGUCGAGAGCUCAAUGUCCAGAGACCUCGGCCCAAGAGGGGCGAGGCUGGGUGGCCACGGAAUGAUGCGACGCCCGGGAAGGACCGAGAGCUGGGCCCCCAGGAGCUGGCCGAGUUGCAGGCGGCCUUCGAGGAGUUUGACACUGACCGGGACGGCUACAUCGGCUACCGGGAGCUGGGCGCCUGCAUGCGGACGCUGGGCUACAUGCCCACCGAGAUGGAGCUGCUGGAGGUCUCCCAGCACGUCAAGAUGCGCAUGGGGGGCCGUGUGGACCUGGAGGAGUUCGUGGAGCUGAUGAGCCCGAAGCUGAGGGAGGAGACAGCACAUAUGUUGGGGGUGCGGGAGCUGCGGAGCGCCUUCCGAGAGUUUGACAGGGACAGAGAUGGACUCAUCACCGUGGCUGAGCUGCGGCAAGCUGUGCCCGCUCUGCUGGGAGAGCCAUUGGCAGGCCCUGAGCUGGAUGAGAUGCUGCAGGAGGUGGACCUCAACGGGGAUGGCACGGUGGACUUCGACGAGUUUGUGAUGAUGCUUUUCAGCCCCUGAGUCCCCAACACUUCUGGCGGGGACCCUGUUUCUGACCUGGGAGCCCGAACUUCUCCAGCGGGGGUUCCGGCUGAGCCUCCUCUCCAGGAGGACCCGAGGGGAAGCACCGGCGCUCUCUGCGGGUCAUAGUCUGCCCUGGUCCAGCCUCAGCGCCCCGCCCCCCCCAGAGAAUAGCAGGGG